AUGUUACCUUCAGCAUAUGCGAUAGCAAGGAGAGGAUUAUGCUUUUCGAGUGGAUUAUUCAAAGGUCAUUCGAAAUGGCAGAAUAUCAAGGCCACAAAGGGUAAAAAUGACAUGCUAAGAUCAAAGGCAAUAACAGUUUUGCUGACAAAGGUCAGAUCUGCAGUGUCUCGUGGUGGAUUCGACCCAAAGCUUAAUCGAGAAUUGGCCGGAUUAGAGCAGGAGUUUCGGGCAAAAGGGCUCCCUCUCGACACAUUGAAAAACUUUCUCAUCAAAAUGAAGGAAAGACCCGAGAUUGAGGUUCAGUUCAACGUCAUUGGCCCAUCUGGUACAUUUUUCAUAAUCGAAGCUGAAACCGACAACAAGAAAACAUUAGAGAACACAAUGCGAAAAUAUUUCAACAAGGUUGGAGGCUUUCGAUUCGCCUCUGAAGCGUCAGCAGUGUUAAGCUGGUUCGAACAGAAAGGAAUGGAGGAGAUCGGUAUCGAAUUGGAUUGCGAAGACGUCUCUCUCGUUGAAGACGAAGAUCGCGUGUACGAGUUAGUGUGUGAACCGAGGAAAUUAACCAAAGUGGAGAAAGCUUUGACUGAUAAAGGGUUGAUUGUCGAAUCCGCUGAGCUUCAGUUCCGACCCCUCCACCCGGUGCAUGUUGAAAGCGAGGACGCUACAAAAAUAGAGAAACUUUAUGAUUUUUUACAGGAAGAUGAGUCAAUACGCCAAAUAUUUGACAACAUUGUGCCUGGACCGUGA